AUGAACAAAUACAAACACUUGUAUCUUUCAGGCAGCACUAGAAGCACCCCUUCCACAUCAACAACAGCUGCUCCAGUAGACAGUACACAUGGUUUCGCCUCCGCAACCACACCAUCUUCACUUUUCGACAUGAACAUCGAGCUGGAGAAGAUAGCCAACACCUGCCUUACUAAUCGAGACCACGAGUUGUUAUCGGGCGACAUACUUAAGCAUAGAUUGGCCAGAGCUGUGAAUGUAAAUUUGGUGCUCGAAGUGCAAGAGGUUAUUGGUCUGGCAGAAUUGCGAGACGUGCUCGGAUUUGCACCACUUGGGCCUUGGACUAAAUAUUCGGAGCCGAGCAACGAAGAGAUUGCAGCCGCCUCCACCAUCGAGGUGUACUAUACACUCAGAGAGCCACAAAGUGAGAUGCGCAGCUUAGACAGCGAAUUCUUUUAUGAGAAAAACUUUCCUCCCGCCAUUGCGUUCAUGGACAAGCGAAUUCCUGCCAUUCGCACCAUAUAUCGAAACAAAUUUGCAGAGAUUCGUCGUAGUCGUGAUUCAAACGAGACAAUAGAUAGAAAAGAAGUUGAUCACAUGAUUGAUGAAUUUAUCACCAUUUCCCUCCGCAUAAGCGAUGCAAUUUCUGCUUGGAAACCUUGCAAGCUGCUUGCAAACCAGUAG